AUGGAAGAAGCUCUACGGCGACUCAACGGAAUGACCAAUAUUCAAGUACCCGACCAGCAUGACUCCAUCUCCGACAACCACCACCAGAAGAAGUGUGCCACCGCCGCCAAUAAGAGAGCCUUGAGAGAAAGCGGUGGCUCUGGCGGCGGCACAAUGAGGUACCGUGGAGUGAGGCGCAGGCCGUGGGGCCGUUACGCCGCAGAGAUAAGGGACCCACAGUCGAAGGAGCGCCGCUGGCUCGGAACCUUCGACACGGCUGAGGAAGCAGCCUGCGCCUACGACUGCGCCGCCAGAGCCAUGCGGGGCGUUAAAGCUCGAACUAAUUUUGUGUACCCUGAUUCUCCUCCUCACCAUCACCCUUCUUUUACAGAACAACACCUUUUCCAACACUUCAACAUUCCCAAGCAAUCUCAUCAUACCCCUAAGUUCAUCCAAAAUCGCCAUUUGAGUUCUUCAAACGGUGGUGGCGGUGGUGGUGAUUUCUCAGGUAGCACUGUUGUGUCUGCAUCAUCAACCCAACCCAACACUUCCCUAAACAUGCUUCUAUUUCGUGACUUCCUCAACUCCUCUUCCACAAAACCGUGUUUGGUUUCUUCUUCUUCUUCUGCUCAGCAGUUUUACAACAAGGGUAGUAGUUCUUCUUCUUCUUCUUCAAUCCCUUCAUCACCCACUUGUUCUUGUUAUUGUUCAUCUUCUUCAUUCUUAUUACCCGUGUCAAACUGUCUCCAAGGUUGCUGUAUGGUAAAUUCUUCUUCGGGAAAUGAUAACAUGAAUCACAGUUAUGGUGUUAUCAAUGCCAAUAGAACAGAAGUCUCUGAAACUAUUAAUGAAGACUCGGAGUUCUUUCCCAGAGAACCUACAGGCUCUGGAUUAUUGGAAGAGAUAGUUCAUAGGUUCUUACCAAAAUCAAAACCCAAGACCAAUGAUUGCGAGAAUAAGCUAAAAACAGAGACUUUAUCCAUCACAGAGUCAUUCCCUCAACCAAUAUCUGAUCACAUGCCCUUUUCUGCAUCUCAGUGUUAUGAUGAUACGAGGAUGAGGCUUCCCAAGAUCGAGGGUUUUGGUGUCUCUUUCGAUCACCAAGGUUUCCCCAUGCAAAAAUUUGACACUCUUAAUGCGUUUAACACCAUGCAAGCAAUGCCUAUGGGGGAAAACCAGUUUAUGAUGAAUCAUGCAGAGUGCUCUAUCAUGGAAGAUAUUUUUCAAUAUCCAGAGAUUUUUAAUUCUUUUGCAGCCAGGAUGCAAAAUGCUUAA